AUGGAUCUGUCAAAUAUCCGUGACCAAAAAUCGGUUGCAGCUAGUUUUGUUCGAGGCACUUACGUUUUGGAGCUUGACCACCUCAACAAUCGACAAGGGGAAGCAGCCCUCGCGCAUCCAUGGUCCGAAUCUUUCGGUUUCGAGCUAUCCAAACCCCUCGUCGACGACCACGGCGACAUAUUCGGCGCCGUAUAUCGUCGCAAACAACACCGCCACCGCCACCAGCCUAGUUGCGUGGUGGCCUUCCGCGGCACCAACACCAAAGACAUCCCCGGCUUCGUCACGGAUAGCAUACUCAACUUCCGCAUAUGGAGUUACACGCUGGAGGAGACGGGCCGCUUCCAGAAGGCUCUAGAAGCCGUGCUUGACGCGGUCAACGACCUCGGCGUCGACAACGUCUGGAUCGCAGGGCACUCGCAAGGCGCCGCCACGGCACUCCUCGUCGGGAAGAGCAUGGCCAGGAUGCACGGCCGCGGCGUCGGCGUUCCAUAUCCCCUCAAAGCCUUCCUCUUCAACCCGCCCUUCAUCGGUUCGACUAAUCGCGUCUGGCGCUUAUUGGUCGCGAUGCUGGCCGUAGGUAUGGGUAGAGACAACGACCAAUCGGCCUUCGCGGCGAGCUCUUGUUGGCACCCGCAUCUGUUUGUGCACCCCAAGGACUCUCUUUGCCGUAGAUACAUAGACUACUUCGACCAAAGGAGGAUGCACACGGCGCAGUACACGGCCCGGGGAGUCCUCCUCAGGGCAGAGCCGACGCAUCUCAUUCCAUCGGCUGUCCUCGUAGUGAACCACACUCCGGCUCCUCGGCCCAAGUGGAAACAUGCUGUCACCUACAAGAAAGAAGCUCAUGGGAUUUAUCAGUGGUGGAGUUCUCAUAUUCAGUUGAAAGCUCAUCAAUACACUUUUCAUCUUAAUCCACCAUUUUCCACACAAGAGGUGGCGAUCUAGCUCUCCGUCUAAUGUGUAUGUAUGACUAUCUAUCUUUCUGUUGCCUGAUUCGUUAAAGUUUGAACUAAAGUGUAUCUAAUUUUAAUUUGUUAUGAAAAAAAAAAUUGUAAAUACCAUCCGUUGUUCUUGAUUAAUCAUGACGCUUUAUGUAAUUGUU